AGUGUAAGCAGUGGUGUAAGUAAACGAAAAUGGUGGUCGACAUGGAGUUACAGGAAGCAAAGGAUUAUGUCCUCCAACUUAUGAAAGAUAAAGAUAAAAUUGAAUCAGAUUUGAAGGAUUUGAAAGAAAUUUUAGAUUCUAAUCAUGUCGGCAUGGAUGAUCAACUGGUGGACUCUGAAGGGUAUCCACGAACCGAUAUUGAUGUUUACCAAGUCAGACAUACGAGGCAUAAGAUAAUAUGUCUCAGAAAUGAUCAUAAAGCCUUGAUGAGAAAAAUAGAAGAGGGUUUGCACAAAGUGCAUCGUCUGGCAGGAAAUCAAGUGGAAAGUUAUUCUACUCCAAGUACAAGUUACAUUCAAGAAUGCGCAUCAACUGAACCUUUCCUGAGAGUAAACCUGGUAUCUGCAGGUUCUCCAGCAGAGAUGGCGGGAAUUCAAGUUGAAGACCUGAUAAUAGAAUUUGGUUCUAUCGAUUGUCGAAAUUUUAGAUCAUUAAAAGAUAUUGGUACCUUGGUACAAAACAGCAGAUAUAAAACAAUCAAUGUGAAAAUUAAACGUGGAUCUAAUAUUAUAGUCUUGGCUUUAAUUCCGCGUCCUUGGGUUGGUAACGGCCUUUUAGGCUGCAAUGUAAUACCCAUAGAGACAGUUGAAAGAUAAAGUAUUUGUAAUUAUAAAUUUUUUGUGUAUACGUUAAAUAAUAAAAGAAUAUUUAUAUAUUAUAUAAAUAA